AUGAGAGCGUUCGUCAGUCGCCUAUUCUCGAGGUCACAGUCCACUGAGCCGCAGGAUAAUGCCGCCGAACAGCGUGCAGAAGAUGCUGCCGCACCAGAACAGGCGCCGCUGCUGGAGGCUGGACCCAGUCGGCAACACACUGGUGACCUGCGCCAGCGCGGCACCCCUGCGGAAGCGGACACGCGCUACGACUACGUGCAGCUGGACGACACUACCAGCAGCAGCGACACCGAUGAGGGUAGUGACACCAUGAACGACAUAUACAACCUCGGGGUCACCGAUCGCCAGGACAAGGCGGCGCUCUACGGCCGCAUGAUGCACUACUACGCGGAGAAGACGGGCACGGUGCCUCCGAUGAGAAGUAAAUCCGUGCUCUGGUACAUGUUGGCGAUACUGAUAUCGAAUCCGAUCAUCGGUCUGUACACCAUGACUCACUUCAAGGACUGGGACAAGUGGAUCACCAAACGUGCCGCCUCAGGGGAGCUGCAAAUAAACGCCUUCCACAAGGAGUACCCGAUCGUUAAUCCCACGACAACUCAGAAUAUAUUCCGCGCAUCGAAACCGAACAAAAUAGGCGCGUUGGCAGAGGAUGGGGCUAUCAUCACCGACGAUGGCCUGGAGCGAUUGUCGCUGGUGGCCAAACACCUCUCCGGUGAGAUUACAUGGUACGCAUGGUACGAGGUGUUUGGCGAGCUACUGUUUGCGUUGUUCAGUUUGGCGUUGCUGUGCGCGAGCGGCAUCUGCUGCGCCAACGGUAGACAGCGUGCACAGUACAUGAUCCCGAUGAUCGGUCUGAUGUACACCGCCAUAUACAAGGUGCUCGCCAUGUACAUCCUGAUCAUCAGUUUCAAGAUUCUGCACUUCUAUGUCGUUGCGGCGUUCCCCAAGUACGGGGAGAUAGUGCCGGCGGUCAUCCUACGCAUGCUCGCCAUCCCCGGCACGGACCCGACAGACCCGAUGCAGCGCGAGGCCAUGUCGUACCUGCUCGCGCUGGACACCUGCGCUCACCGAUGGGUGCUCGUCUACUGCCUCGAGAACGUGUACAUCACCAUUACGGACUCCGUGGAGACCAUACAGGCGCUAAGCAGGAUACUCAUGCGCACCGUCAAGAAGCUGGUGCGGAAACUGAAGAGGCAACAGGACCUCGUAUACUUCACCAUGAACCCCAUGGUUGAGGCGCAGGCGAGCGUCUCGCGGGUAUCGAAAAGUUCGUGCUCCUACCUGCUGCUGGACAGCCUCCUCAACAGGACCGCCGACCCACAGGAGGCGUACAUACACGACAUGUACAACAAACCCGGCCCCGACGUAGGCACGUACCUGGACAACAUCAAGGUGGAGCAGUACCAGGACGGAAUCGCACGAAUUGGCCCCAAGCUCAUGAGCCAACUACGCAACAGUGACAAACGCGUCAUGGAGGCAACACCUUAA